GGCGGUGCGCGCCGCGAGGUGUCGCUUCUGACCUGGGUCUGACGGAGCCGGCCGUGGGCUUCUGGGGUGCUCACCCCUGCCGCCGCCUCCUUCCCUUCCUGUUUCUCGUCCUCUUCUCCCGGGUCCCGGGAGCCCCCGCCCGGGGAGGCGCCCUGCUGAGCUUGGUGCCUGAGCAUAGGCGUGGCUGGUGACAGCAUGACGAGCGAGGUGAUUGAAGAUGAGAAGCAAUUCUAUUCCAAGGCCGAGACGUACUGGAAGGAGGUCCCGCCCACCGUGGACGGCAUGCUCGGGGGGUAUGGCCACAUCUCCAGCAUCGACAUCAACAGCUCCCGGAAGUUCCUGCAGAGGUUUCUGAGGGAAGGCCCCAACAAGACGGGGACCUCGUGUGCCCUGGACUGCGGAGCCGGCAUCAGGAUCACCAAGCGGCUGCUCUUGCCUCUCUUUGGCGUGGUGGACAUGGUGGAUGUGACGGAGGACUUCCUGGUCAAGGCGAAGAGCUACCUGGGCGAGGAGGGCAAGAGAGUGAGGAACUACUUCUGCUGUGGCCUCCAGGACUUCAGCCCCGAGCCGCACUCUUACGACGUGAUCUGGAUCCAGUGGGUGAUAGGCCACCUGACUGACCAGCACCUGGCCGAGUUCCUGCGGCGCUGCAAGCGGGGCCUGCGGCCCAACGGCAUCAUCGUCAUCAAAGACAACAUGGCCCAGGAGGGCGUGAUCCUGGACGACGUGGACAGCAGCGUGUGCCGGGACCUCGACGUGGUGCACAGGAUCAUCCGCCGCGCGGGCCUCAGCCUCCUGGCCCAGGAGCGGCAGGAGAACCUCCCGGACGAGAUCUACCACGUCUACAGCUUAGCCCUCAGAUGAGCGGGGCCGGCGGGAGCGCGGGACCAGUGGGGGCGGGGGGAACUGGCAGUCGGGCGAGGCCCGGAAGCUCCACGUCGACGGUUCGGGAGUGUCAGGCGAGGCCACUAAAUAUACCUGUGUCUGCCGUCCACUCGCUAGAGAGACUCUUUUACAAAAGGCAGAACGGGACCCGGGCGGGGAGGGCUGCCGGCGGGGAGGCUGGAGGCUGGCUGGGCCACCGUGAGAGGCGGGGCCCGGGCGGCGCAGGCCCCUGGUGCUCCCUAGGUGGGACCAGUGAGCCCACCAGAGGCGGAGGGUCUUCAGGAACAGGGCCCUGCCUUCUUGCCACAGGCCCGGCUGCCUUAGGAAGAGACUACUCCUUAAUUUGCUUAAGGGUUUUGCCUUGGGGCAGGAGGGGAGCUGGGCUGGUGGAGCCCGUGGCUCUCUGUGCCCUCCUAGCUGCCUUGAACCCUCGUGCCACCUGCCUAUGGUGCAGCUGGUGGGAUGUCCACGUGCCGAGUCCUAUGGAGACAGGGCCCUGGUGUCCUUGAUGUGAUUGUCACAGCAGCCUCUAGCAAGGGGAGAGGCCUAAAGCCUCCCUCUCGGCUGUGCCUCGUGGCUCCUCCUCGGUGGGCAUUUCCAGGCAAAAAUAAAAGGGUGACCCCUGUGCUGGGAGGGCCCUCGCCAGUC